CCAUCACUAAUAGACAACAUUGUGACGACAUUGCUAUUUUUGUGUGUUUUGAGUUUCACCACGGCGGAAAAUAAUGUCGGACCUUUCUUACCUGGACACGUUGGGCAACAAGGAGCUGCUGGCCAAGUGCCUGGAGCACGGCCUGCCCGGUGUUCCCGUGACGGACAGCACCCGCAGCGUCAUAAUUCGCCGACUAAAGGCCAAAAUCACCGGGGUUCCGCUGAACAAAAGCAAAUCUGCAAGUAAGAAAGCGAUUCCGAGGCGUGAGACCGUACACGGCAGCCAGGUAACGACGCCCACAUCGGAGCCAGUGCGUCGUACGCCCGGCAAGAGUGCAGGACGCACUAGCAGCAACAACAACAAGAUCAGCGAACAAAGUCGUCGCACAAUCGCCUAUGGACUAGACAACACCUCGAUCUCGGGAAGAUCUGUGCAGACUACUACCACGGUGUCGGAUAUGAGCUCCCAGUCGGAGGACGACGACUCCUACAUGGUGGACUCUCCGGUGCCUAAUUACUCCAAGGACCAGCAGCCUAGACGUUAUGUUUCUCUAGCCAAAUCCGGAGUUUUGACCACAUCUUACACACGCGAAGUUGACCAGCCGCUGUACGAACAGGAGGAUAUACCACGCAGCUACACCUACGAAAGACCCCAUGUGCCAGCCGCCACUCUUCACGCACUUCCCACAUACGAGCCACGCAUCGAACCUUCGACAUACAGACCCACAGAUUUGGGUUUUUCGCGUCCCCUGCUGACUCAAACCAACUUAAACUCAACCAGCUACGAGGAGUCAUCUACGUACAAUCCAAAACUUUCACCCAUUUCGCCAAGAAACACUUUCAGCGGAUCCGCUAGGCCUUUUGGUGGCCCAGCACCAGCUCCAGCACCCAUUCGCCAGCGACAGAGUGUUCCAGUUAGUGGAUCCAAUCUGGCCCGUGGUCGCCUGCUCCAGCCGACCACCGCAGUAAACACUCUAUAUCCACAACUAAAUGAAUUCUACGAUCAGCCGAAUGACGCAGGCGAACCCAUGGAGACGGAGAGCGAGUCCGAAGUCGAGGAAGUACCCAUCAAUAGCCAUUUCCAAAAGAAUCGCUUCUCGCCGCUGGCUAGAAAACCUCUGGUAAGACACCACGAUCAGGUUUCGCCUAUGGCGCAGUUCCGUGCACUGGCGGUGUCAUUGGAUCAAAAAUAUAAUCUCAAAUUCUACUUAAUAUUGGUAGUGUCAGUGAUGCUGGCCACCAUGGUGUACGUGGUAUUGACACCCAACGCCUGAGAAGCGUUCAUAUCGCGGAAUACAUUUGGUUUUGGUUACUCCACGCAUUUCAACCACAGACUACAGCGAAGGAAUAUUUAUGACGACUUUGCACCUUAAGACUACUACUUCAAUUCCAAACAUGUUCAAAACUAACAAAUAUUCAACUCAAUUUGCCAAGUCUUUAAUUGCUUGUUCUCGCAUAUUGUUUCUUUUUAUACAUAAUUAGAAAAAUGUACUACAUUAUAAUUAUUGUAUUGUAUUAAAUAAACUAAUUAAAUGU